ACCGCUUUCGCAGUGGAAAGUCGUGUUGUAAUGUGAUCUUAUUAUCGAGAAAUCCGAUAUUAUACGAGUUGUUUAUCAAAACGGAAACCGCCCACGGUUUCGUGUGUAAACAAAUAAUAAACUAUGGACCCUACGAUGUUAUUUGGUGGCGUGGAGGGAGGUGCAACACAUUCAAACUUGGUGAUCUGCGAUGGAACAGGGAAGGUGAUCGGCACAGCAAAAGGCCCUGGCACCAAUCACUGGAUCCUGGGCAUUGAUGAGUGUGCCAACAGAAUUCUGGCCAUGCUUCAUGAUGCUAAAGAUGAUGCGAAUAUACCCAGGGACAAGCCUUUAGAUGCUUUGGCUCUAACAUUAUCGGGGUGUGAAGAAGACAGCACCAACGCGCAGCUAGCAGCGCGCGUGUUAGAGAAGGACGGGAAAUGUGCUCGCGCAGUUUACGUCGCGUCCGACACAGCCGGCUCAUUGUUCACUGGGGCGCCCUCUGGCGGCAUUGUGCUCAUUGCCGGUACAGGCUCGAAUGCGCUGAUGAGGACAGCAGAAGGAGAGCAGUUCGGAUGUGGAGGCUGGGGCUAUUUACUUGGAGACGAGGGUGCUGCAUACUGGAUAGCCCACAGAGCAGUGAAGACGAUCUUCGACGAUGUGGACGGUCUGCAGCCGGCGUCCUACCCGACAGAUAGAGUAUGGGAAGCUAUCAGGGAACACUUUAACAUUGACACGCGGACGGAUCUACUGGCCCAUGCCUACGCGCACUUUGACAAGUCUAUGUUUGCUGGUCUAACAGCAAAACUGUCGCAUCUGGCGUCAACCGGCGACCGUCUUUCACGACAGUUGUUCGCCGACGCCGGUUGCACGCUAGCGGACCAUAUAGCGGCGUUGACCCGACACUCCCACACGGAUAGGAUGAGGGUAGUCUGUGUUGGAUCCGUGUGGAAGAGCUGGACGUACCUUCAGCCUGGGAUGGUGAAGCAGUUGAAGAAUAAAAAUGUUAAAAUGGAGUUAGAAUUCGUACGUCUCCGAGUAUCCAGUGCGUUAGGCGCUGCAUAUCUAGCAGCUAAACAUGUUAAUUAUCAACUACCUCGCGACGACGGUGCAUUUUGCGAAGUAUUCUACACCUCUCGUCCCGGAGACGAGAAUGGAGCAGAAAUAUACAUCCCGGAAAACAUUAACAGAAAAGAAAAAUAUGAGCGAAUGAAUGGAACGGUGAAUGGUAAAGUGAAUGGAAUUGCUUAUGAGAAUGGAAUGGCUGCUGGCGUGGUAGGUUAUGUCGGUUUUAGGGACAAAAUAUCUGCCGCUACUGUUGUUAAUAUUAAUUUAAAGGGUAGAAGGGAGAUGUAUAACUUUAUAGCAGAUGUUGUGAAGGUUUCGGCGCCGUCUGUAGUGUAUAUAGAGAUUAAGGAUGGAAGAAGAUUGGACAUUUUUACUGGACAGCCUAUAACGUUAUCUAAUGGUUCAGGUUUCAUAGUGAAAGAAGAUGGUUUGAUACUUACGAACGCUCACGUUGUGGUGAACAAACCGAACGCUAUAGUUACUGUUAGACUUAUGGAUGGAUCGACACACACAGGCUUUGUUGAAGACGUAGACAUGAAGUCUGACCUGGCUACGCUCAGGAUCCCGGUGACCGGCCUGCCAACUAUGAAACUUGGCUCCUCUGCUGAUUUAAGGCCAGGAGAGUGGGUUGUAGCAAUGGGAAGUCCGUUAGCUCUGAGCAAUACAGUCACUGCUGGUGUGGUCAGUUCUACACAGCGAGCCAGUGAAGAGUUAGGCUUACGAGGCAAAGACAUGGUAUAUAUCCAAACGGACGCGCCUAUCACGUUCGGUAACAGCGGAGGUCCUCUAGUGAACUUGGACGGCGAAGCUAUUGGAAUUAACAGUAUGAAAGUGACUUCAGGAAUAUCCUUCGCAAUUCCCAUAGACUAUGUGAAGGAGUUUCUUAAGAAACGGAAAACGAAGUCCCCGCAGGUGUCUCGGCGGUAUCUCGGUAUCACCAUGCUCUCACUCACUCCCAACAUACUCAUGGAGCUACGGAUGAGGAACCCUGAGAUGCCGUCAGACAUAGAGCAUGGUAUUCUAGUGUGGAAAGUCAUUAUCGGAUCACCAGCAUACAAUGGCGGCUUGCAACCAGGUGACAUAGUUAUAGCAAUUAACGACAAGCCAGUACUCACAGCACAAGAUAUAUACACCUUACUAGAAAACACCUCGGGAAGCCUCAAGAUGGAGAUCGUUAGAGGGAGACAGAAAAUCACGCUCGCAGUCACUCCGGAGCUUCACUGACGGAAGAAAAAGAGAUGGACAUACGUAACAGAGCUACGUACAGUUGACAAUAUUGAAGUUUGAUUCGAAAGCGCCAUCUGUUAGAGAAGUUUGGUAAAUAUGGUCACUGCCAGACUUAACGCCUUAAUAGGUGAUAAAACUAAAUAUUGUUACAAGAUUAGUAUUUCAAAGUUACAAUGAUAUUCAUCGACAUACUGAAGUUGUUAUCUGCUUAGACAAACGGUUUGUACCUAGCUAAUGACUAUAACCUGUAAGAUAACGAACGAUAAUUAGUUAUGAAUUCCAACUUGCCGCUUUGGACACAGUGGAGCGCAGAGCCAAGAGGAUGAUCAGCGAUACGCGGCUAACAGAUAAGCUCCAUUAGCACAUCAGCGAAAAGUCGCCAGUAUGUCGGUAUUCCACAGACUGCACUUCGGGGAGUGUGCUCGCGAUCUUCACGAGCUCAUUCCACCAUCCCCCUUUUAUCUUCAAAAUCUCAUUCUUACCUUGUGCCCUCUACCGCGUAAGAGCGAGUAAGACUGACUGCACUCUCCUUACUCCUUAGCUUAUGGCCAUUUAUGACUAAAGUAAGACCCAGAGGGGGUGAGGUCGACGCCCGAUACACGAUGGUACGGGGCGGAGAGUUACCUUGUUAUACGUAGUAUUAUUCUAUACUAUUGCCUCCAAAAUUAAAUAGUGGUUUAUUUACAAUAGUUCUAUUAGUAGAAUUUUCACAAAUCUUUUAAUGCGAGUUUAAAUUGUCUGUCGUAAUAAGGCGAAUGAUUCCGUAUUUUUUAACGCAUAGAAUUUAUUUUACUUUAACAAUUACAUUGGUGUCGAUUAUAACGGACUGAACGAACUUGCGAAAUGUCGUAAGUAUUUCUGUAGGAUUUUACGAAAAUGCAAUAUCAUAAUAUCCUCAAUUAAGAUGGUCAAAUUAUGUUAUUUUAAAUACAAAUAGGACUUUUAAAUAAUUGAUAUCACGUGGUUUCCACGAUUUGUGUACGGUUAAUGGCAAUAGGCUCGCCUCCUAUUAAAUGGGAAGCGAGAUCUCAGCUCCGUGGUGUCGUCACUCACCAACAGCUCGCCACAAGCUGGCCUGCGGAGACUGACUGCACUGUUGAAUUCACCAGGUUCGCUGAUGAAUUCACCUGGGUGCAAAUCGACACUAAUGUCUGUAAAUUUAUGUAAAUUGUUUUUGUAUAGUUUUAUGUAUAGUUUAAUGUUAAUUGUUAAGGGAGUUUGUAUAUUUGUUGGAAAUAAUAUAGAAACGGAUGGA